AUGUCUCUACACCGUGUCAGCUCUAUGAGCUCUUACGAGCAAGUGGUGCGAGGUUCCUCGCCUGCAAGAUCAGAGCACAAGAAUAUGUCCUUCAACCCCGUGGGCAACGGCAAAGCGCCGGCCUGUAAGGACGAGCCUAUGGGGGCGUUUGAAGUCUCGAAGAUAAAGAGAAUAUUCCAGGUUGUUACCGCCGUCAUCUAUUGCCUCUUCGCAGCUGGGGUCGUAUUUGGAUAUGCAGCGAUUAAACCGGUCCUGAUUCAGGAGGGGGUCUACAGUCAGUUCUGUGAGAGAGACGAAUUUAGGAGUAGUGAAUUGGGGACGACGUGCUACGAGCAGGAAAUACGGCUCAAUUUCAUGUUCACAACAGCCGCCGUAGCAACAAACGUCUGCGCUCUCCCCGUGGGUACCGUCCUUGAUAGGUACGGCCCCCGUAUCAGCGGCAUCAUCGGCAGCAUACUUCUCACCAUCGGUACUCUCCUCAUGGCUUUCGCGACACAACUACCUUUCGAUGCAUAUAUUCCGGGGUACCUCUUCCUUGCCCUGGGCGGCCCUUUUAUAUUCAUUUCUUCUUUUCAACUCUCGAACACUUUCCCCCAACAUUCAGGCCUCAUCCUCGCCUUGCUUACCGGCGCUUUCGACUCAUCAAGCGCCGUCUUUCUUUUCUAUCGAUUGAUCUAUACGGCGUCUCAUGGAUCAUUUACGCCUCAGAAAUUUUUCUUGGUUUAUCUAGUCGUUCCUAUCUUCAUUUUAGUUGUACAAAUCCUUGUAAUGCCUGCCAACUCUUAUAAGACAGUUGGUGAGCUCAUAAUUCAGGCGGAGGAACGGACCGAGGAGAUCGAUUCUGCCAACCCGGAUGCUGAGAAUACAGUGAGGCGGCGCCAGCAUCGAGAAAGCGUAGUCUCGGAGACGACAUCUCUUCUCGGCAAAUCCGCCACUAAACAGCAGACAGAAGAAGAGAAGAAGAAACAGAUCAGUGGCGUGUGGGGUGCUCUACACGGUCGCUCGGCUAUGCAACAGAUCAUGACUCCCUGGUUUAUUUUCAUCGCCUUGUUCACUGUCGUCCAGAUGACGAGGAUUAAUUACUUCGUCGCCACAGUCACAACUCAGUAUGAGUACAUGCUCCACAGUGACGCUCUGGGUGAGCAAGUCAACCAUGUCUUCGAUGUCGCUUUACCAGUAGGCGGCGUGCUGAGUAUACCAUUCAUUGGCCUUGUGCUCGAUAACACGAGCACCCCUUUCACGCUCGCGUUACUCGUGUUUGUGGCUACAGCGAUCGGCGUUCUAGGUCUUCUGCCAUUCCUAUGGGCUGCUUACGGCAAUAUCGUACUCUUCGUUCUCUACCGGCCCCUUUACUACACCGCCGUUUCCGACUACGCAGCUAAGGUGUUCGGCUUCCAAACAUUUGGCAAGGUUUACGGGCUGAUCAUCUGCCUGGCCGGUCUGCUCAAUUUCUCGCAGUCAGGCCUGGACGCCCUGACUCACAAGGUCUUCCAUCGGAAUCCGCUGCCUGUCAAUAUUAUAUUGUUGGUGGUCGCUUUUGUGGUGGGUGUGGUGCUGGUAGGCUAUGUGUAUCAUCAGAGUAGGCAUCUGAAGAGAGAUGCUCUAGAAGAGGAGGCCGAAGAGACUGAAGAUACCAGAAUGCCUGGUGCUGCAAAUGGUGCUUGA